AUGACUUCGUCCAUUGCUGGCCGCAAUGGCCUGCCCGAUAGCCUGGGAACCGACCGGGAGCACCAGGUCGUCGCAAACAGAAAACCGACAGCCACAACCACAGUAAAGGCAGCAGCAUCUCCUCCAGCUGUGACGCCAUCGAGUGCGACUGCGACAUCGAUAUCGACAGCGGCGUCGACUGCGACUGCGACGGCGACACAAACACCAAACGCGAUGCCAAAAUCGCCAGUAGACAACGACGAUAAGCGCGACCAAAAAGUUACUGACCCUACCCCGGCCUCAGUCUCGGCCUCGGCUCCAGCGCCCUCUCCAGCUAUGGGGUCAAUUUCAGAUAUAGUUCCAGAGUUAAAUUCAGUCUCAAACCCAAUUGCUGCCGAUGCUUCUUCUUCAUCGGCGCCGGCUGUGGCUGCACCUGCUGGUUCGUCAGUGUCCACAUCAACAUCAGUUCCUGCACCUGCCUCUUCAAGUACAGCUACAGAAACUGUCGCUGCCACUGCCACUGCCACUGCUCCCUUAGCGCUAGAAACAGCAACAGCAGCUGCUUCAACAGUGCCAUCCAACUCGUCGCAGGCGGCAACUUCGACCGCAACCUUGCCAGAUUCUUCAAAUCCUCGUGCAGAUUUAGCUUCUUCAAUUUCUCCGACGAAAACUUCGGCCUCUCAACCUCCACCAUCAACGCCGCCGCCGUCUCACGCCAACCCGAGCGGUCCUUCGCCCGAAGCUGAUAUCAAGACGUCAGUAGAGCAUCAGAAAUCUGAAGCGCCUUCGAACGAUGAGGCUUCAGCUUUGGUGAAAGCUGAAUCUAGUGACCAAAUGAUGCCUGACGCUCCUAGUGCAAGCGACACGGCUGUACCGCUGAGCGCUCAUGGGGCUCGACAAUCUACCCCUUUGCAAUUGCAGAUGUCGGCUGACAACAUGGGAGAGCCCUUUGCGCCUUCUACUCCAUACAAUUCGACCCCGAUGCCUACCAUAAACCAGCAUGCGUACAUGAUGAUGGCUUUGGCGACAAUGUCGGGAGCUCCCUCAGCCAUGUCCCCCCCUCCAACUGUUACACCAGCUCAGGUUACUUUGCCCAACAUGCUAGAUGAUUCAUUCCAAAAUCUUGCACAACCCAACUCUACACGCCAAGCAGACACCCACAAGGCUCUUGAAUCUUUUGCGCGUGUAGAAUUUGCCGACAGUCUUUUUCAGAUGACCACAUACGCCAUUGUUAUUGGGCGCGACCAGCGCGCACUGGAACAAGCCCGCCGUGACGAGAAGCGCCUCGACGAAUAUCAGCGCCGUGCCAAGGAAAAUGCCGAUCUGGGUAUAGCACCACCCUCGCCUAUCCAGCCAGAUCGGAACAAGUUUAGCAAGUCUUAUGUCAGUGAGGAGGGAGGAAUGUUGGGUCCUGAAUCAGAUACUGGAGAAAACUCUCGGCCGACAAAGCGACGCAAGACUAGUACACAGGGGUCUUCGCAACAUGACCAUGAUGAAGCGGCAGCACAAGCGCAGGAGAACAUGAUUUCUAAUCGACAAUACGUUUCCCACACGCCUGGUGCUGCCGCGGUAGAUUUGACUUCCUUGCGCCCGUCACCAUACCAUGUUCCUUUUAUCGGUAUCCAUUCGCCUGGUCCCAACAUUGCGUCCAAAACCAAGGCAAUUUCCAGAGAACAUCUCAAGAUUGCGUACAACCAAGAAUUGGGUGUGUUUGAAGCCAUACCACUGCAUAAAAAUGGGUUCUUUUGCGAAGACGUGCACUACAAAAGCGACAAGGUUGUGUUGCGAAGUGGCGAUCGAUUGCAAAUUAAAGAUAUUGGCUUUCGAUUCCAUAUCAAUGGCGUCGAGCGGGGACGAACGGGAGCUGAGGAAUAUGUAGAAGAAGAGCCCGCGACAACUCUCAAGAAACGGCAUGCCCAGGGCGGAAAGGAGAUGAGCUUCGAUUUCGAAUCUGCACAUGGUAAUGCAGAGAUACAGGAUACGAGUGAUGAGUUAUCCGACGUGGCAAGUCCACCCGAAUCGCCUGAUUUUAGCGAUGAUGAGGAUGCCAAGGUUGAGGAGUCAACGGCUGUCGAAACUGUGGAAGCAGAAGCAGAUACAGAGACAGGGGCUGAUGCAGAGGCCGAGGCAGAAGCAGAAGCAGAAGCGGAGGCAGAAGCAGAUGCUGACGGUGAUGCUGACGCAGAAGCUGAAGCCGACGCGGACAUGGAUAUGGAUAUGGAUAUGGACGCAGAUAUGGACGCAGAUAUGGAUAUGGACGCAGAUAUGGACAUGUCAAUGACAGGAGGGGAGUCAGGAUUUAAGCAAGAGGGUAUGCUUGAUCCGAAUCAGGAGCAUCUAAUGCUCCAGAUACCUAGAAAACGAGGGCCCGGUAGGCCACCUAAGAACGGCAUCAUGUCGAAACGAGAGCAGCGGUUACUCAAGAAACACCAACAGGAGAUGGCCAAGAAGACUCUGCCACAAGCACCCCCAGUGGAACCUCCUAUCAAACGCAAGGUCGGGCGGCCUAGAAAACACCCUCUGCCUGAAGGGUCCUCAGAGCGACCGGAGAAACGCAAGUACAAACCUCGCAAGCCUAGAGAAGAUGGCGCUGAAGGCUCAGAUGCAGAGAGGCGCGCGAGAGAAAAGAAGGAGAAGAAAGCCCGGCCGAAAUCUCCUCCCCUGGAACUCAACAUGGCAGACUAUACCGAAGAACAGCUCCAGAAACCAAACAAAAAUUACGGCGUUCUCAUCGACGAGACACUCACAGCAGCUGGGCCUGACGGGCUUACUCUGAAGCAGAUUUACAAACGGAUAUGCCUGAGAUACCCUUGGUUCCACUUCCAUACAGAGACCAAAGGAUGGGAAAGCAGUGUGCGCCAUAAUCUUAUUGGUAACGACGCGUUCAGAAAAGAUGACACGACCAAUCUUUGGUCUCGUGUUCCGGGUGUUGAACUCGACGCUGGAAAGAAGAGGAAGGCCUCAUCUCCAGACCGUGCAGCAGCUCAAGCUUAUGGCCAAUACCCAUACGCCUACAAUGCCCAGCAUUUGGCAGCUGGUACGCCCGGUUAUACCGCUGGACAGGCGCCUCCUGGCUAUCAAAUGCCAGCAUAUACGGCACAACAAAGCCAGCCAGGACGACCAGUGCAGCCUUAUGGAGCGUCUGCAUCACCACCGGGACCAGCACCAGGCCAGCCAGCUUCUACAACAGCCGCAUCGCAGCCGCCAGCGCCAGCACAACUUCCUCAAGGUUAUGGACCACCGCCAGCCCCUGCUCACCCACAGCUCGGAGUGCCCCAACAAGGUACUUACAGCUCGCCAUAUGCGCCACGACCACCGCCUCCAGCAAAUCCUACAGUCAAGAGUGAAGAAGGGCAUGCCAAUGCCAUCACGUCUGCCAAUGCAAGCGUUGCGCAGCAACAGCAGCAUCAUCUUCCUCCUCCGCCACCUCCGCCAACGGUGGGCGCCAAGACUGUCCCUGGAACUGGGCCCGCGUCAGUACAGCAGCAGCCUGCUACUCCUGUAAACCGAACUCCCUCAUUGCCUGCAGCUCCCGCUCCAGCGCGACCCGCUAUCGAGCCUAAACUGCUCACGGCAGUUGUCAACCUCAAAAAUGGCCUGAUCGAAAACCUCAAGAAAGCCAAGAAUCCCAAGGCCGCAGGAAUCGUCAUGUCAGCAUUGAAUCGCUGCAUUGGCCUCAAGAAGGAGGCAACAGAGAACGACAAGAUGGAGGCGAUUUGCAUGAAGGGCAUUCGUCAACUCAUCGACGGUUUCCUUCUCAAGUCCAAGAGUCCCACGCCUGGUCCAGCUUCUUCUGCUGCUUCUCCGUCGGCUACCGAGACACCCCUCUUUCUCGACUCCAAAGUCCUCGCGUCCCUUAAUGGUUUUAAGGAAGUCUCAGUCAAAGCCCUCAGUCCCAAGCUUGGUGAAGCCAAAGCGGAAGCUGUCACGUUGUCUGCCAUUGACCGGGUACUGGGCAUAGCCGAUGCUAGUAUCGUUCCACCGCCCGGAGAAGGCGAAGCUGUUGGGAACUUUGAAGGCAUUGAGCAGCAUCUCAUGAAGUCCAUACGACAACUCCUGACGGGUAUGAAUCAAAAGGUGUAG